CGCGCGAUCUGCAAGUCAUUGUGACCAACCUUUGACGUUUAGCGAAUUCAUCGUGUAUGUGUUUUGGAAUACUAUUAUUGUGUGUGUUUGUGAAUUUCGUGUUUUAUUACCGUGUGAAGUUGUAUUCAGGUGCUCUAACACUAAGUGAUUUUCAACAAAGAUUUUUUAAGAAAUAAAUUUUAAUCAAAAUCGAAUCUGCUACAAUAAUCCGGCUGAACCAGUAGAUGACCUUGACAACGAGUUUGAUUCGUAGCGAUUAACGAACGCUGCCGGACCUUCACGACUAAUACUCACGGAUUUAUUUUGAUUAAAUGAGAUUCUGUUAUAAGGUGUUCGUCUAGAAAUCAGAUGCAGAUGUUGUAAACCUUUGUUUGCGGUGGCAGAGAGACUCGUGUUCGAUAAGCAAUAUGGAUUUAGGUUUAAUAGCAAAUGGCACCGACGAUGGCCUGAGUGGUGCAGACAACGACGAAAAUAUUAACAUCAGUGAUGUCAUUGAUGUUAUACGUAGCACUGAUCCCGAGUUCUCUGAGCAGAACAUGUACAGUGGCGGCGGUGAGGUUCAUGGGGGCCCUGCCGCUCCUCAGGGUGCAAAUCCUACACUCACACCAGAACAACAAUUGAGGCGGAAUGCUUACGUGGUCAUCACUGAACAACCUGCCUCUAAGGCUCUCAGGUUUCGAUAUGAGUGUGAGGGACGAUCAGCAGGUUCAAUUCCUGGUGAAAAUAGUACACCAGAAAAUAAAACGUUUCCGUCAAUACAAAUUGUCGGUUAUAAAGGAAGAGCUUUUGUCGUAGUAUCUUGCGUAACAAAGGAUAAACCAUAUAGGGCUCAUCCUCAUAACUUAGUUGGUAAAGAAGGUUGCAAGAAAGGUGUCUGCACAAUGCAAGUUAACACAGACACAAUGUCUGUAACGUUUAGUAAUCUUGGAAUUCAAUGCGUUAAGAAGAAGGAUAUCGAAGAAGCUUUGAAAGCCCGCGAACUUAUUAAAGUUGAUCCUUUCGGAAAUGGAUUUGCUCAUAGAUCUCAGCCUUCAAACAUUGAUUUGAAUGCAGUUCGUUUGUGCUUCCAAGUCUUCUUAGAAGAUACACCAGGUAAAUUCACACCGCUCCGAGUUGUAGUAUCAAAUCCGAUCUACGAUAAGAAAGCAAUGUCUGACUUAGUAAUAUGCACAAUGAGCGACUGUACUGCUUCUGUUGCUGGCGGUCAAAGAAUAAUUCUUUUGUGUGAAAAGGUUGCCAAAGAAGAUAUUCAAGUAAGACUAUUUGAAGAACGAGAUGGUCAAUUGGUAUGGGAAGGAUUUGCUGACUUUCAGCAUACCGAUGUUCAUAAACAAGUUGCUAUUACAUUUAGGACGCCAAAGUAUCGAACAUUGGAAGUCGAUCGACCAGUGAAUGCUCAAAUUCAGCUUCGAAGACCAUCAGAUUCAGCAACGAGUACACCAUUGAAAUUCCAGUUACUUCCGCUAGAUUCAGACCCGCAUGAAUUAAAACGAAAACGGCAAAAAAUUGACGGGGAUCCAAAACAUCUUUUAUGGCAACUGCAGGGUCAAAAUCCUUCUACGAGUAAUGCUGCGGGACAUACAGAUUACAAGUUAAAUAUUCCUCUGGCAUCAUCGCCUCAAGCAAAUCAAAUGAAUCAGUUUGAUCAAUCUCUUGUUAAAACUGAACCAAGAGAUGCCUCACCGUUGCCGUAUAUGUUUACUGGUGGAUCGUAUAGGUGCGCCCAGGACAGUCCAUCACCGCAGCCUUUCAACAUGCCCCAUCCUUACAACAAUCCUUCACCUUUGGGGGGAGAUCAAGCAUCUCAGUAUAAUUUGCCCCAUUACGAGCAGAUGAACAAUUUUCAGAGUCAGCAACCCAUCGAUUGGAAUGCAGGACUACCUGUAAUGAAUGAUUUAAAUCGAGUUAUGAAUAUAGAUCCACAGAAUGCAAUGCAAGGUGGUCCUACUAGCAGUAUGUUGGAUAUGGACAGUCAACAAUUAGUUCAACUUAAUUCUGGAGAUUUAUCAGGAAUUUUAGAACACUUAGACCGAGCACAGGCUGUAAGGGUGUCCGCUGAGCAUGAAAGCAUGACUGAUAGUUUAUCAAAACUUGAAAUGACAGCCUUAAAUAAUAUGUGAUAAAACAAAAACUUUAUUUUAUUACUCGGCAGUUGCUAAAUUUAUUAGCACAAAAAUA